AAUUUCACCGACAGGCUAACGAAUACACUCAUUAUAACUGGGCCUCCUGGAUGUGGGAAAAGCGCCGCGGUCUAUGCUUGUGCAGACGAGCUGGGGUGGGAGGUCUUCGAGGUGUAUCCUGGGAUUGGAAGACGCAGUGGCGCAAACCUCGAUAACCUCGUUGGCGAUGUGGGUAAAAAUCACCUCAUUCACCAGACGAGGCCGAAACGCUGGACGGCAGCUGCGCAGUGUGAUACAAGAACAAGCGCUGCACUUUCAACUCUUUUCCCUAAAGGAGGGAAAGUUAACCCCAAACCCUCGCCAAUUCACUCAGACACCGAGCAUCCUAGUGAUGUUGACACACACAUCCUCGUGGAUGCUGUCAGUAAGUCCCUGCAGGACACGGUGGAGCCACCUGUGGCCAUUGAUGGGCUAGUUGAGUCAUUAAAGACAAAUGGACCGUUGAAGCCGUCUGUUAGUGCUCGGCAAUCACUCAUUCUCCUUGAAGAAGUCGAUAUAUUAUUCAAGGAAGACGCUGGUUUUUGGCCGGCAGUGAUAGACUUGAUCAAGGAGUGCCGGCGUCCCGUGAUAAUGACAUGCAACGAUAUCAAGCUUGUCCCCACCACGGACCUUCCUUUGCAAUCUGUGCUGAGGUUCCAACCUUGCCCUUCCGGGCCCGCUGUCACGUUUCUGCAAUGCCUAUGUCUGACAGAGGGAUGCGCUGUCCCGAGAGAAAAGUUAAUUCAGCUUUACGAAACCACGUACACCACGCAGAGUAUGGAUCUUCCAGACGCGCCGCUCAACCCCAGAACCGAACCACUACCAUCACCGGAUCUCAGGCGGUCUAUCACCCAGCUGCAAUUGAUUUGUACUGACGCUACCCACGAAGCUGAGAUUCCUCAAGAAGCACAGGGGGCCGCUGAAUAUCGCCCGUUCCUCCCUCUCACAAUUUCCGCCGAAACCAGUGCUGAUGUUUCUGAGACAUCGACGGAGGAGCUGUGGCGAUGGGCUUCCACUUACACGGAUUGUGUUUCGUAUACCGACAGCUAUCUUUGCAGGACAUCACUGGAUGAACAUGAGGCCCUGGCUUACAACUUAUCUGAACCUUCGCUUGACGAUGAAUUGGGUCAUACCAUACUAUUCCGGCCACUCCACGUAUCUGACACGAGAGAUUCGCUUGCCUUCUAUCACGAUGAUGAGCUCAUUGUGCAGGAUGCCAUCCACCUUUCACGUGGUAAACACGAGGUUUUGGGACCUAUUCCGAUCACCACGUCGAUCGACCCCGCGGCUGGUGGCACCAACACUGACAUGGAAACAAGGCUCUUCCGAGCUCGCGUGGAGCAUCAAGCACAGAUGCUAACCGCAUUGCAGGACAUCAUUCAACCACCCGCACCUCUCAUGCCCCAGAGCAGCGUGUACCUUGAUUACAUACCGUGGGUGAGAUUCAUGGUUACAGUGGAUGAUAUUCUGGAGCGAUUAGCGUGGGAUGAGAUGGAGAAGGUGAAGUCUGGGAGAUUAACGAGGAAUAGUAUGAAAGCGAGACAUAUAAGGAUUAUUGAUUUAAAAGAGGAUCAGCAUCGGGCAUUGAUAACUAGUAGAAUGCAGGGGCUCGAGGAGGGCUGA